AUGCCUCAUUGGUCAUCCAUCACGAUCAAGAAGAACAUGUGCCACAGACACGGUGUCCCAUGGACGGCAUUGCAAACCAUCCUCUCCGUGCCUGCCCUGCGCAGGCUCAGGGUGCAUGAGAUCUUGUUCGCUCCCCACAGGCUCACCCCAUCCGAGUUCUUCUCCCCCGCGUCCAUCGCUCCUCUUACGUCGUUCACAUACACUCUCGGCAAUGUGCUCGCGUCCAAAAACCUUCCGGCUCCCUCCGAACUUGAGGCAUUGUCGGCCGUCCUCGAGGCCGUGUGUGGAACGCUGGAGUACCUCGAACUCACCGCUGCAUCGGCCCCGCUAGACACCCUGGAGCGUCUUCGGUGGCCCCGACUCCGCACGCUCAAGCUUUCUGGCUGCCGACCGCAGCCCCAGCUACGCUCCUACGAUUCCCUCUUCUCCAACAUGCCUCAUCUCCGUUUCCUUGCGCUCAAGAUCCACGUCAAGGAACCUCCUGUCCCGCCCGCCUCGGCGCCGGAAGAGUUCCCAUGGCCGGAGCUGGAACACCUUUUCUUGCCGCUCCCCCUCCCGGAGAACGACCCCAUGUACUCACGACUCCCAUCGUCGCUUCAUACGCUCUCAUUACUCUCUUACCCUCAUUACGCACAGCGGCACGAUUCCCACGUCGGCCACUGUGACAUCACACCGCCGCGGCCUACGUUCGAGGCCCUAGAAACCAUCCUCCGACGAUGCCUGACUUCCGCACAGCUCACGCGGCUCGAGAUCGAGUACGCCGUCCCGUCCCGGCCGGGUGAAGAUCUCCUGGGGCUGGUCGUCAACGCCUGUCCCCUUCUGGAGGAGCUCAAGCUGCUUCGGUAUCGGCCCGAUCUCGAGCCGGACGACCCAUGCAGAGGUCCCAUUCGGGCGUGGAAACCACCGCACGAGCUCGCGGCCGACAUCGCGCGCCAGCUCGCCCCGCUGACGCGUCUGCGCACGCUGCGGGCGCACCUCGACUACGGGCCCCCGUCGGACUUGUCGAUUGUGCCGCUGGCCCGCAAGAAUUUCCUCGCCGUGACGCUGCCCGCGGUCGCGCUCGUCGUCGCGCAGACUGUGCCGCCGGCCCUCGAGUCGAUCGCGCUGUGGGUAUCGAGCUGGACGUUCAAGGACAGGUGUCUCUGGGCGGUGUUCCGCAUCGAGCGAGGGGUGGACAGACUCGCCGUUGCGGUGCGCAGGGUUGGGUUCGAGUUUGCGGACAGUUCGGAGUUGUGUUAUCCGGGCUCAUGGGUAGGUUGA